AUGAUCAAUUUCUCACAACGACCAAAGCGAGACGUAGACUUGCAUGUCCGGGUGUCAUGUGCGACACCUGUGGAGAAGUUACGACAAGCUUUACAUCGCCUGGAAAUUAUGUUACAGUCUUUGCAUGUUGGACUGACAUCGCAUGAAGAGAAUCAGUCAGAUUUGCGGCAUGGAGAAAAGUGGAACCGUUUCUUUUUCGUCGCUAUGGAGGAACUUUACACCAUUCGUGUGUAUUCUUAUACUGAAGAGUUGGACGCGCGGAAAUACGCCAUGCUCAAAUCGGAAGUCUGGCUUGCAGUGACCGAAAUCUUGGAGGAACUUGAUAUUCUUGUCGUAAGCUAUGACGACCUUGAUCAUGUUUAUGCUGAAUCACCACAUUCAAACAAUUUCUCGAGUUAUGAUACCAAUAGCCAGGCCGAUGAGAGUAGUGUCAGAGAUCCAUUUACAACCGAAAUUGGGGCUUUGGUGGGGGCGAAGCAGUCGAGUGGUAAUGGUACCAAUGGCCCGCGGACGCAACUUUGA